AUGCCACGUGCAAGACGCCGGCAAUCCAGCACUACCAAGGCCCUUAGCACAGAAAUUCGGUCCUGCUUUACGGCCCAAGCUGACAGCGAAGGCAGUAACAAGUGGUCAGCAUUGAAGAAACCCGUCUAUGGGGCAGCUGAUAAAAUUAUCGGCUUCACUCAUUGGCGCCGGAGUGACUGGAUCAGCGGAAGAAUCCUGCAACUGUCUGCUGAGACUACUCGAGCCAGGUCCCGAAACGAUGCUCCCUUCCCCCAACUCCGAAAACUAAAAGCAAAGUCGGGUAGAGAUGACAGGCAGAAGUAUUGGCCUGAAACGUCGAUUUCUAUGGAACAGGCUUCAAAUGUUGGUGACAUUCGAAAAUUGUACCAAAUCAUCCGUCAAGGUGGCGGUCACCUACUGGGGAAAGUGAACGAGCUACGGGAUCUAGGUGUAUGUAUAACGCCCAACCUCGAACCGUCAACUCAAUGUGUCAAAACCGCGAAGAAGGCUAUAGGCAUCCUAGGAGCGAUCAGAGAGUCCUUCUUCUAUUUUGAUGAGGAGCUUUUUGGGCGAGUCUUCGGAACAUUUUUUCGGCCAAUGUUAGAGUACUGCGUCCAAGCGUAG